GGCAUUGGUUCAAUCCUGCGUUUAUACUCUACAUCAGCUUGGACUUAGUCUUUGACAAAAGACAACUGAAAACACGGACCAACUGCACCUAUAAACCUGCACGCAAGAAAUACAAAAAUAUAUAUUUUUUUUCUUCAGGAUUUAUUAGGAAUCUUGUCUUCAUGAGUUGAGUUUAUGGCUCUGAAAUCUUUGUGAAUAAACUGGUGUACAGGAAAAAGGGACAUUUCGCAGCUCAAAUCAAUGUUUUGCGGGACACAGACACCGGGGAAUAUUUUACGGUCUUGUUUGUUCUGACUUGUGGCUGCUGGUUACUUCUGAAAGACUAGAUGCCGGGAAUCAGCGCGAGCCUUUUACCUUAUGCAUGCUGGGACAUGGGGGAGCCGGAUCAGUACCAACAUUACUUCUAUGAUGACCAUGAUCCAGAUGAAGACGUCUUUAAGUCCACUGCACCAAGUGAGGACAUCUGGAAGAAGUUUGAGCUGGUGCCCACACCGCCCAUGUCUCCUGUGAGGAGGGUGGAUGAAACAGCUGUGUGUCCAUCUCUGGGGGACAAACUUGAGUGGGUGUCCCACUUUCUUGGCCAGGACGAUGAGCAAGAGGCCCAGUGUAACCUCAGCUCUAUAAUUUUACAGGACUGCAUGUGGAGCGGCUUUUCAGCCACUCAAAGGCUUGAAAAGGCUGUCAGUGAGCACAUGUUAUGCCAGGGUGUGGCCAAGGUGCCUCUUGUCCCCCAGAUUCCCCCUUCGAGGUCACAGAGUGGUCACGUGGAGUCGUUAUCUCUCAGCAAUCCGAUGGCCGACUGUGUGGAUCCGGCUGCUGUGUUGACCUUCCCGCUGAGCGGCUGCAAGAAGCAGGUGUCCUCUGGCUCUGAGUCACACACAGACUCUUCUGAUGAUGAGGAGAUUGACGUCGUGACGGUGGAACACAAGCAUGGCAAGUCACGGGCAGUGAACUCACGCAAGCCGGUUACCAUCACAGUGCGCGCUGACCCACACGACCCAUGCACAAAGCGCUUCCACAUCUCCAUCCACCAACAGCAGCACAACUAUGCCGCCCCGUCCCCUGAUUUAGAGCCCCCUCGCAAGAGGAUCCGCCAGGAGACCUCCCAGACCCAGCCAGGAUCCACACUCCACGAGCUCGAGAGCAAACCACACACACCUGUUGCAUCUGUUUCCAUUCCCAUACACUCCACAACACCCACCUCGACACCCCUCGCCUCAUCCCAUCAUGGCCUUAAAUCGCAGCCGGCCAGCCCUCAAAGCUCAGACAGCGAAGACAUGGACAGACGCAAAAACCACAAUUUCCUGGAGAGGAAGAGACGCAACGACCUGCGUUCACGCUUCCUGGCCCUGAGAGACGAGAUUCCCGGCCUCGUGGACUGUCCGAAGACACCCAAAGUGGUGAUUCUGACCAAGGCGACUGAGUACCUGCAUCUGCUACAUGCCACAGACAAGCAAAAAGCCCAGGAGAAGAAGCAUCUCAAAAACAGGCAUCAACAGCUCCUUCGGAGGAUAGCAGAACUGAAACGCUUUUAAAGUUGCUCACAGAACCUGGGCCACUUGCAAGAACUGUUUGUGAGCGUGCCUGGUAAAAAAUGGGGAUUAUUUAAGAUUUAACACAUCUGUACUUUUAUUGUUUGUUUCCUUCUCCAACGAUCUUUGCACAUUUCAUUCUGUAGUUAGGGGGACGGAUACUCCUGGUGUGUUGUGGAUUACAUAAACUUCACUGAAAUUUCCAAAGAAUGCCCUGCUGAAAAUUGUAUUCCAUUUGGACAUUGCUUGAAACGUAGCAUUUAACUUGUAUGCACAUUCAACCACCGUAACAAAGGUGGAUUUGUGUGAAGAAAUCUGCAUAAUAUCUGGUUUAAUAAGUCUUUGCCCUGCUGUGCCAUUUGAACAAUUUAAAGUGAAGUUUGUGUGGCAUUUACAAUACUAUAUCAGGAUCGGAGUUUUGGAGACAGGAGGUUUUUACUGUAUGCUGUUUUGUCUACAAAGAUCACAUUAUUUAGUUUUUAGCAGUUUUCUAACUGUUCUUGUUCUGGUGCACAUCUGAGUCCAUGCCUUAUCGAUAUGUCGUGUAUAUAAACUGUGACAUCUGUAACCAUUUGUACAUAAUAGCUCAGAUGUAUAGGUGUGUAAAAUUAUAUUCUAUAUGCUUUUCUUUUUAAAACCAAAAUCGAGGUUGUUGAUUUAAAAAAGAUUUUUUUGUUUGAAAAUUUUUUACCCUCCUGUGUUCUGAAACCCGGUUGGCCCACUUGGCUUAAUCUUAUUUCAGAGUUUCUCAAAGCUUCUAUUUUUGUUAACAAAAGUAAAAACAACAACAAAAAAAAGUAAAACACUGAAAUCACUAUAUAAAACUUUACUUUGCAUUGCUUGACACCUUGAUGUUUCCACUGCCUAAUCAUCUUUUUUUAAGGGGUUUAGAUAAUAUUAGGUUAGUAAUUCCAAAAUGCUGAGAAGAGUUUUAUAAUCUAUUUUCUUACAGAGUUCUGUGUUUCUUUGUAAUGUUAAUGUCUAUUUCAUUGCCCCCCCCCUUUUUUUUAAACAAAAGCUUUACUAGUGGUAUAUGCAUCUUUAUUCAUUUACUAGAGUCCCAUUUCUUUUUUAUUACAGUACAUUUAUUCUUCCUAGUGCAAUAUCCUUUGAAUCACACAACUUUACAGUUCUUCUGGUAUAAUGUCAUCAUGCUGCACGGUGCACUGCUUUCUCACUCCUAAACUUUUUCUACACUUAACUGAUGACCACCUCCCAUCUUCUGCCUUAAUCCUUUUUUAGAUUCAACCUUGUCUUAAGUUUAAGUCACUAUAAAUGCCAAUUCUUUAUUGUAAAUCACUUUCAGUGUUGGACUAGGUUUAAUUGCGCUGAAAAAUAAUCCAAAGAAAACCUAUGGAAGCUCAUAGUUUUGUUUCAUCACUGAUCACUUUCACCUUUCUUGACAUUUCAGGCUUUUCAGGUAUCUCUAAGAUGCAUAUACCAUCAGCAAGCUCCACACUCUGUCUUAUUUAUAGUUAUUUUUCAGUGGAAAAGCCAAGCUUUAAGAGCUCAUAUGUUCCUAUUAAGGUUUGUCACAGUGUUUUCACUUUUUUGCAGAUUUUUUUUUUUUUUUGUGUUGUGUUUGUUUUAGAUUUUUUUGUUGCUACUAAUUACACUUUGUCUCUCCUUGUGGUUAAUUGUUAAACUUGGAGCAUGACAGCAGCAUUAAGCACUUUCUGUUCAGUACCUCAUGAGCCCAUAGAAGUCACAGUUAAUAAAUUCAAAAUGAAAACCA